AUGGCGGUGCCCGCGGCUUUCCUCGCGCCCGUCCUGCUGCUCUGCGGGCUGGGCCCCCGCCUCGCCGCUGCCCACGGCCCCACAGGGGUGGAGUGCGUCCUGUUCAACGAGGAGUACAUGACCUGCAUGUGGGGGAGCAGGGAGACGCUCACCACCAACUACUCCCUCUACUACUGGUACGAGAACAGGUCGCCCGUGGUGGAGUGCAAGCGCUACCUGUGGGACCGGGGUGUCAGCAUCGGCUGCCACUUCAACCAGAGCGAGAUCAUCCAGUUCCAGCCUUUCCACGUCCUCCUCAACGCCAGCCUCAACGGCCAGAUCCUGGAGACCCGCAGCAAGCGCAUGGAGCUGCAGGACCUCGUGAAACCGGGGGCUCCCGUCAACCUGACCAUCCGCAACAUGAGCAGCAACCAGCUGCAGCUGACCUGGAGCUCCCCGUACCCCAAGGCGCAGUGCCUGGAGCACGCCGUCAAGUACAAGAGCAACAAGGACACGAGCUGGAUUGAGCACGGGGUGAAGGGAGACAUCUUCUCCUUCCCCAGCGUGGACUACGAGAAGUACUACACCUUCUACGUGCGCAGCAAGAUCAACAGCUACUGCGGCAGCACCCAGCUCUGGAGCGAGUGGAGCGUCCCCGUGGUCUGGGGCAGAAACACCACCAGCAAGGAUCUCGCGGAGGAGCAGCUGCAGUGGUUCUGGAUCCAUACGGUUCUCGUCCCCAUCGCCUCCUGCCUGCUCCUGCUGGUCCUCGUCGUCCUGCUGGUGCGCAUGGAAAGGGUUUGGGUCAUCCUCAUGCCCCGGAUCCCCAACCCCAGCAAGAACUUCGACGAGCUCUUCAUCACCCACAACGGCAACUUCCAGGAAUGGGCUGGAGUCCCCAAAGACAUGCUGGAGAGCUUCAAGCCCAACUACAGCGAGAGCAUCUGCUACGUGAGCGAGCUGCCCUCCAGGGAGAGCCACGACCCCCAGUGGGACGGCAGCAACCGCCCGCCGGGGGGGCCUGGGGCCCCGGCUGGCCCCCGCGAGCAUAGCCCCUACCAGAACAACUACGUGGGAGUGUGA